CUCUUCAUUUUCUACAGUCUUUUCAUCACCCUGGCCUCUUUCCACGGACUCGGAAACCACGCGGCGGACUUGACACUCAAGCAGUUCGCAACGUCGACGAAAUGGGAGCUCAUGGGCCAGACGAGCAACAUCCUGGCCAUCGCCACGAGGAAGAGCUCCGUUGCCGUGUUCUUGAUCCGCAUCGUCAACGUUAAGUGGCACAGGUGGAUGCUACACGGCUGCAUCAUCACCACGAGUGUCGUCUGCGUCUCGUGCAUCAUUUUCAUGUUUACGCAAUGCACUCCGGUUGAGGGGAUCUGGGAUCUUCGUGUCAAAGACACGGUCUGCUAUUUCAAGUUUACUACCAACGCAAUCUUCUCGGGGUCCUACACGGCGGCCAUGGACUUUUGGUUGGCGGUAGUACCAUGGUUUGUCCUGUGGAAUUUGAGGAUAAAGCAAAAGGAGCGCUUGACCAUCUCCAUCGGUUUGUCUCUUGGUUUCCUGGCCGGCAUCUGUGGUAUAAUACGCGCAGUCGAGCUGAACGCCAUCUCCGCGAAAUCUGAUUACCCCUUCGCUACAGUCCCCAUCCUAUUUUGGGGUUCCACCGAACUCCUCGUCUGUCUCCUCUGCUCCACCCUUCCCGGCCUCCGCCCCUUCUACAAGAAGAUCACCGGCGGCAACAGUUCCAUGGACCCCUAU